CGAGGCGGGCGGAAGCGGAAGUGGCUGAGACCUGGUGGGUGGAGGAAGCUGGGACAUGGAGCGGUUGGACAAGACGAUGAUGGUCGGGGCUCCGGUCCCGGACUUUAACGGAAAUGACGGCUCGUUAUUGUCAGUCCUGAAGACACUUCUCUUUUUCACAUUCCUGAUGAUCACUUUACCAAUUGGUCUCUACUUUGGAACAAAGUCUUAUGUGUUUGAAGGUACAUUUGGGUUGUCAGACAAAGACAGCUACUUCUAUGCUGCUAUAGUUGCUGUUGUGGCUGUUCAUGUGGUUCUUGCCUUAUUUGUUUAUGUGGCAUGGAAUGAAGGCUCAAAGCAGUGGCGUGAAGGGAAGCAGGAUUAAACGUGACUUGUGAAGGAUGUGAAUUCUGCCACCAUAAAUUCAGUUCUGGGGAAUAAAAUCCAAGAAGAUUCACGGAAAACUGCAGAUUCGCUGAAAAGACUACAGAUAAACCCAUUUGAGUUUUUUUUCUUUUAAAGUUUGGUAGUCUAUUGAAACAAAAGUUCAGAAAAUGGAAGCUUCAGUAUUACCAGAACUAAGAUCUGCUUCACAAAAAAAAAGUCCCUGUGUUCAAUAUUGCUUUGAGGAGAAUGUAACACUAAAUAUUUUACAUGUUAGGUAUACGGCUAAGAUGUCUACAUUUAUUGGUUUUAAUAUUAAAUCAUAAUUGGCCCCAAUCACCAAUAAACGUAGACAUACAUUAUAGUAAAACAUUUCUUAUUUUGAAUUUCCUUCAAAAAAGGUUUGCGGAAAUAUUUAUGCAUUUUCGAUUUGUAUCUGUCAAUGUUCGAUACGUUUGGAUGAUCAUUAAUUUUGUCAACCUGAUAGAUCUUAGUCCAGUUGUUGCAUUAUAAAAAUCAUAAGGCUUGCAUGGUCUUCAAUUUCUGCUUAACGUAGUAUUUGUAGGCGGUGCUUCUAAUGUGAAGAUAGUCGACCAUUGUUUUAUGGAUUAUACAAAAUAGUUUCUGGACUCCAAAGAUGCAUGUCUGACCAUCUUAGUGGUGGAGUUAGCAUUUGAGGUCAGGGUCUAAUCAGGAGUAAUGUUUCUAUCUUCCGAUCGUAUGAUUGCCUUAGAACCAGUAAAAUGUAUCCAACUGUUAAUCUUUUGGUUUCCUUAUAAACGUGACCGUUCAACAUGGGGCAGUGUGAUAUUGUAGAGAAAAGUUUCCAAGCCACUAACAUAUGGCGAGAAUUCAGCGGUAUCCAACCUAGCCAUAGACUUCUGUUGUUUUGGUGACUUCUGUUUCAAACAUAUUUGCAUCUCUUGAAACAUUUUGAAACCUUGUUGUGAAGAUUUGAAUGGAUUCAGUUAGAUUCCAUGGCAUGCUCAAGAUCAAUUUGGAAGUAUACCAACUUGCAAGAUCUUUCCCCGGAAGGCGAUUCAUUCCCUUUAAAAUAAGUUGAGUGCUGAAUUGAAUGUCUUUAUAUUUAACGCAAUGUUUACCUUUAUGUUCUCAUGUAUAACUUUCAUGUGUAAAUGUGAACAAAAUAUGAAUUUGAGAGUCUAUGAAAUGUACCUUUUUAGGAUAGUGUAAUGAAAGCUGGUAUGUAAAUUGGUCACAACAGUAAGAAAUGAUCAGUGCUAGACUUCAUUUAAAAAAAACUCAUUUGGUUUUAUCUUAUACAGGCUGGAAGGGAAUAUCAGCAACAUGUGUGUGAAACUAAGAAUUAUGCAGGACAUUUUAAAGUUUAAAGCUUCUAGUUGAGUUAAGGGUCACCCUUAAUUAUAAUUUUGCACAACUACAUAGUACUCUUGUUAGUACCCUUCCUUUCUCUUUUCCCUCCUCCAAAACUCAGUAUAUUGUUGAAGUAUCAUUGUAUAACAAAUCUGUUUGACAAACAACAAUUCUGCAAUUAUGUUCAUUCUAUUCUUCUGAAAUGGUAUUCUUGGAUGAUCACUUAGACUGGUUUCCUGGCUCCAGCUUUUGUAAAAAUGAACUGUGAACAGUUGACUGAUGUAAGUUAUGUUGCAAUUGAGUCCUUUACCAUGUGAUAAAAUUAUUUGUACUGUAA